UUAGGUGGCACCUCCUGGGCCUCAUGGCCGCCUUGACGUUCAGCCGCAGCGCUGGGCCUCGAGCCUCGGGGCCCUGGGGCCUGAGCCGCUGCAUCCUGCUGCUGCUGCUGCCGCUGCUGACCUCGGGUUAUAAAGAAAACACUUCCAUACCAGUUUGUGGCAGACCCUGGUGGUCAGAGGACUUGGACGUGACCCGCCAUUGGCCCUGGGAGGUGAGCGUCCGGCUGGAGAAUGAGCACAUAUGUGGAGGGGCCCUCAUUGAACUCGACUGGGUGGUGACUGCUGCCCACUGCAUCCAAGGCACCAAAGAAUACUCAGUGAUUCUUGGCACCUCCAAGCUGAAGCCCUUGCAGCCUGCCUUGAUCCCUGUGAAGGACAUCGUCAUGCACCCCAAGUUCUGGGGCCGGACUUUCAUCAUGGGGGAUGUUGCCCUUCUCCAGCUUCACAGCCCGGCCACCUUCAGCAAGUAUGUGCAGCCCAUCUGCCUCCCGGAGCCCAGCUACAACCUCAAGGUUGGGACCCAGUGCUGGGUGACUGGCUGGGGCCAGGUUAAACAGCGCUUCUCAGCGAACUCCACACUGACCGCAGAGCUGCAGGAGGCUGAGGUGUUUAUCAUGGACAACAAGAAGUGUGACCAGAUUUACCGCAAGAAGUCCCCCAUCCCCCACCUUGCCCCCCUUGUCCUGGGGGACAUGAUCUGUGCCACCAAUUAUGGAGAAAACCUGUGCUCUGGGGAUUCUGGGGGCCCAUUGGCUUGUGAAGUCGAGGGCAGAUGGAUUCUGGCUGGGGUGUUGUCCUGGGAAAAGGCCUGUGCCAAAGCAGAGAACCCAGGCGUGUACACCCGCGUCACCAAAUACAGCAAGUGGAUCAAGAAGCAAAUAAGCAGUGGGCCUCUCUCAGGCCCCCAAACCUCCGCCUGGUUCCUACUCCUGUUCUGGCUGCUGCAGCCCCAGAUGGGUCCUUGAUCGCCGCUCUCUCUUCUUCUUCCUGCUUUGCCUCUGCUGGAUGGGUCCAGAUCAAGGUUAGACCAAGGUCAUGUGUCUGUAUUCAACAGGAGUCAAGGUGGGGAAAGAGUGGCCCCUGGGAGAUGGGGCUCUGCACUGGAUCCCAGUGGGGAGGGAUGUGGUGGAUGACUAGGCCUUGGGUGACCAGGAGAAGGGAAGUGUGGCCUAGAAGGGCUCUGGAGUUGGGGACCA